AAGAUGUCAAACUUUAAGCCUCACACCACUUCCCAAAGCGAGUUGUGGUCUAUUUACAAUGCCAAACCAAGGUUUCCGACACCUUACCGCCCUGACAGCUCUUUCUCUAUGAAGUCCAAUUCCUCCCGCCCCAGUAGCAGAAGUUCAAGCAUUCAGAAAUGGCACAAAGAUACCGAGGCUGCCUACGACACGGUAAGCCAGAGAAGUCUGCGCUUUGAGAAACAUGUCAAAAAACUUGCUUCCGUCACAACCAAAUUCGAUAGAGAUGCCGAGAGAGCCAGAAAAGAAAGGGAACGUAAGAACAAAGAAGAUAGGGAAAAGGUUUUGAGAGAUUUAAGGGAAAGGAGAAAGGACUUUGCAGUGAGAAAUUAUAAACGUGUUCAUCAACAGUUUGUUUCGCCAAAAGUUUUAGAACAUGAAAGGGAUGAAAGAAACAGUUAUGGCCUUCCUAAAUAUUUAUUGUUUGAUGUCAAGCAUCCAAAAGCCAAACCGAAAUCAGACAAUUCAAAAUCUCAAACUCCAAGAGCUCAAAAACAUUCACAACUUCCUGCCAGUACAAAGAUUGCUCUCAAAACGGACAAGAAAACUCAACAACAGAAAAACUAUACAACCAGCAGGUCGGGCGAUUUUCGAUCUGCAAGUCGACAAAAGGAGUACCAGGAGUUGUACAAGAUUUAUUGUAUCCCUGGCAACAGCAGACUCCGAGACUGGGCCAAAGAGGAGAAUGCUGCUCUUGCAAUAGCAUUCAACAGACGAUCACGACACACAGAAAAACCUAGACCAAGCACUCUACCAUCACUGAGGAUGAAUAUUUACAAUUCCCCGUAUGUUAACAACAACAAAUCACAGAGACUCAUGCCAGUUCAUUGAAGAAGACAACAAUAUAGUCUCUUGAAAGCAUUGAAGACAGCAAAUUAGUCUCUUGAAAAGCAAUGAAGACGGCAAAAUAGUCUCUUGUAAAACAAUGAAGACAGCAAAAUAGUCUCUCAAAAACCAAAAGGUUUAAAAGGGGGACUGAUUUGCAGUACUGAAUUUUUUUUAUUCCUAUUUAUUUUAAAUACGUAAACAAGAUUUCGAU